CGUGUCACGAAAUAGACUGGCACCUCUCUCUAUACUCCUAUGACUUCGAUAUUCGAAGUAUUUGACAUUGAUAGCAAUUCACGGGUUAAUUGACUAGUUAGUGUGAACUUUGAAUAAAACAAGUCGGAAUAACUCAAGACAAGAAAGAUGGCCUUAGAAGAUUAUAAAGAAGUUGUAGGAUUUUGUGCGAUGUAUACUACAAUGGCACAAAUGUUAUCUGGCACAUUUAUAUGUCGCAAUAUACAUAAGAAAGGUUCUGCUAGAGGAGUUGAUCCAAUGCCUUUUCUUGGUACGAUAGGAUUGUGUAUAUUGAUGCUUCGAUACGCUUGGAUGUUAGGUGAUUCUAUCAUGAUAAAUAAGGAGGUGCUUAAAUUAAUAUAUAAAGUAACAAUCUUUGUUGUAAUUUUUCUUGUCUAUGCACAAAUGGAACAUCCAGCAAAUAUUGAAUUUAGAUUUGGUAUUGUGGUUACAGUACUUCUCCUUCUGUUAAUUGCAGCUCCUCUUGCGCAUCUUAAAAAUGUUAUAAAAACGAAAAACACAGAAAUUCUUCCAUUCCCACUUAUAUUUAUGGGUACAUUAGUUUCAUUUCAGUGGUUAUUAUACGGCCUUAUCAUCGACAAUGUUUUUAUUAUUUUUCAGAAUGCAAUUGGUUUCAUUCUUAGUAUAGCUCAGCUAUCUUUGUUUGUGAUAUUUCCAUCCAAAAAAUCAGAGGUUGAAUUAUCGAAUGACCACAGAAAGGAAAAUUAAUGUUUUUAAUUUUUUAAAGAAAAAAAUAUUUUUUAUAUUUGAAAUUAUUCUCUAUAUAUUCACAAAUCAAAAGUAUUAUAGUGAAUAUAUUUAAAGCUUAUAAGAAUAUUCCAAUGUCGUAGGAAAGAUUAUGUUAAGUUUUAUGUACAGAGUGUACAAAAAAUCCCGGACUCCUUAAAUAUCUUGAAAAGUAAGCAUUUCUGAGAAAAAUGUUUCACGCUAAAGUUGUAGGGUUCAAAAUGAUCUAUUUAUUGACCUUAUCAAUUUGAGGUGGCACUACUAAGGCCAAGUCAAGAUUAAAUCGAUUCGUUUAAAUGAAAUAUCCUAUUUUUGAUUUUAGAAUCUAAUAGCUGAUGUCAGAAGCUUUUCAAAACAUUAUAAUAAAGCCUCUUUUUAAUCAGUACUUUUUAAGUUAUAAAAUUUAAAAGUUACAGAAGCAUUAGCAUGAUAUUCGUAUUUCUUUUAAUGAUACGUAUGAUGCCGGCGGUUCUAUAACUUUCAAAUCUCAGUGUUUUGUUUAAAAAAAUCAAUUUGACCUUGACUUGACCUUGGCGCCUUACAAGGUCAAAUUGAUAAGUCAGUAAAUAGAUUUUCAACUUUUGAUAAAACAUUUUUCUCAGAAAUGUUUACUUUUCACAAUAUUCAGGACUUUUUGUAUACCUUGUGUGUUUUAUUAUAUAAUAUAUCUAUAUUUAAUUCAUUAUUAUGUGACACAUCUUCCAAUCAAUUUAGAC